GAAGCAAUGACAAUGUGUUUCUUAAUCAAUAAUGCAUUGUCUCUCAUUGGAUUCGCCAUCGGUCUAUUCAUUGGUUUUCUUGUUGGGUUUGCCGGACUUCUCUGCUCAAAGACAAGAGAUGUUAAGGACCCUGUUGUUAGGCCUCUUCAAGAGUUUGAUUCGAGUUCUCUGCUUGACAUCUUUUUGGAGAUUCCAUUAUGGGUAAAGAGUCCAGACUAUGAACGAGUUGAUUGGCUAAACAAGAUUGUUAGCGACAUGUGGCCGUUCCUUGAUAAGGCUAUAUGUACUGAAAUAAGAAGAAAUGUUGAACCUAUGUUUGAUGAAUACAUUGGGAAGUAUCUGAUCAAGUCUAUUUAUUUCGAUAGCCUUACUCUUGGAACUUUUCCUCCUGCUGUCCAUGGACUUAAAGUAGUUGAAUCCAAUGAGAAGGAGCUAAUAUUUGAGCCUACUGUAAGAUGGGCUGGGAAUCCUAACAUAACCGUUGUGCUACAAUUUUGGUUUUUGGCCGUUAGACUACAGUUGGUAGAUCUGCAAAUUUUCAUGCAACCGCGUAUUACUUUGAAGCCUCUGGUCCCAACCUUUCCAUGUUUCGCUAACAUCUCUGUCUCUCUGUUGAACAAACCAGACAUAGAUUUUGGCUUGAAAGUACUGGGAGCAGACAUCAUGGCUAUCCCAGGUUUGUAUCAGUUUGUUCAGGAAAUGGUAACAAGACAAGUGGCCAGCAUGUAUUUAUGGCCAUGGACUCUUGAAGUACCUGUACUAGACAGUUCAUUAGGGACGACGAAGAAACCAAUGGGUAUGCUUCAUGUGAAGAUUAUAAGGGCAAACAGGCUUCUAAGGAAGGAUAUUUUGGGAUCUUCAGAUCCAUAUGUUCAACUAAGCCUAAGUGGGGAAAGGUUACUGUCAAGGAAGAGUUCAAUAAAGAAGAACAAUCUAAAUCCCGAAUGGAACGAGGAUUUCAAGCUUGUUGUUGAAGAUCCUCAUUCACAGGACCUUCAUUUGAACGUGUACGACUGGGAAAAGAUUGGGACACACGACAAGCUAGGAAUGCAAGUAAUCGCGUUGAAAUCGCUUGAUCCUAAUGAAAGGAAAGAGUUCACUUUGGAUUUGCAAAAGACAAUGAAUCCAAAUGAUCCUCAUAACAAGAAGCAGAGAGGUCAAAUUACUGUGGAGUUGACAUUGAUGCCGUUCAAGAAAGAUGAUCAUACGAGAAAAGAUGAGAGUUUUGGAAAUGACAUUGACGAACAGAAGCAGAUAUCUGGUAUGGGACUGCUUUUGCUUACUGUUAUAGGGGCAAAGGAGGUUGAAGGAAAUCAUCACAAGAACCCAUAUGCCCUUGUCCUUUUCAGAGGAGAAGAGAGGAAAACAAAGUCAAUCAAGAAAACCCGAAACCCAAAUUGGAACCAAGAGUUUGAAUUCAUGUUGGAAGAGGCUCCUCUAAAGGAAAAGAUGCGGAUUGAGGUUUUGAGCAAACGUGGAGGCAUUUCUUUCCGUUCAAAGAUAUCGUUGGGACAUGUUGAUGUGGAUCUUGAAGAUGUGGUGCGUAAUGGGCAUAUUAACCACAAGUAUCAUCUAAUCAACUCCAGCAAUGGAAUAAUUCAUCUUGACAUUCAAUGGAGAGUCAUUUGAUGAAAGUUACACUUUUUAACUGAAGUUCCUUAAUAGCAACAUUCUUCUUCUUGUCCUGUACGUACAUGUAAUUUCUUCACGCGAGACGCAAUCAAUAAGAACUACGGAGAUGAUGAAUUCAUUUGUCUGUCAUUGUUUUUAUCUUUGCAAUGUAGAAGAAUUAGCUGUAAGAUUUUUUAAUCGAUUCGAUUC